AUGGACUCGGGCAACGCGCGCCCGCACGGUCUGGAGAGAGCUGACAAAACGGCUUGCGGCAACGCACCUGUCCAAGACAAGGAUUCAAUCCACAGUGGCACCAAGAGAAAACGGAUUUUACGAGCAGCAUCCAGUUUGGCUCCGGACACAAGCAAAGCACAUCACGAGAUUUGCUCCGAAGCUGGUGUUGAAUGUUUGGCGGAUAAGGAGGGCUUGCUUGCAGCAAAUCCACCACCGACAGCAACACAGCCAGCACGCGACCGCAGGAAAUUAUUGCGUGCAGCAUCCAGCCUUGCGCCCAGCCAUUCCUCACAAUCAACAUGGCGAGAUCCCCCCAGCCCCACCCAAGUUGACGAUCACGUGGCAGUGCAAGUGGACGAAAUCCAUGGCAGGGAUUCGUGCUGUGCUGGCGGCAACGAGCUUUCAGAGAGAGUAGCUGUCGAACCAACAACUCCGACAGACUUGGGGCACGCCUCAGGCGAUGGGCCUGCAUUGGCAACAAGUGCCGCGCAAUUUCAGGAUGGCUCAAAACCAGACCCGCUUCACGGUACGGAUUGUGGUGCGGAUGAAAUGCAAUGUUGUGAUGUUGGGGUGGGCCCUGCCCAUACCAGAUAUGAUGUCACGCGCUUGGAGCCGCACAUGGCAGACAUUGCAUGUGUUGCAGCACGGCCUGAAGUUCAACCGGUUCAAUCAAAGGUUCAUGUGCCAACCCGGCGGCGCAUCGUUGGCAAACAAAGUUUGUACAGAGUUUCCCCAUUGUCGAAAGCAUCGUCCGUGAUGAUCCGCGAAACUUUGGGACAUGUGUUGCGCCCACCGGAGGCCGGCUUUCUUGUACGAGUUCAUGGUGAUGGCUGGGGCGGCCCACUUGAAGGUGGCGCUGUGUCGUAUUUGGCAACAAUCACAGAAGCAGAUGCUAUGACGUAUACAGUUGUUCGUCGUGGGGACUGUCAUGGUUCAUGGGAUGAGACCCAUGUUUUGAAGAAGGAGUGCUGCAUCAUUGCCAAAUCAGCUUCCCAGCAAGACAUAUACUUGCGAGAUGCUGGUGUUACUUCUUUGCGCUGA